UUUGGCUCAGCAAUCAGCCCACCCUCCACCGUAACUCCUUGGCGGACGGCGGGCGGUUGCUCCUCCACGAUAUUGAAAGAAACACUACGAAGGAUGUUCAAAACGGUCUUGUUCAUUUUCUUGCAGGUGGUGGUGUCCCGUCGUUUCUCCGUGCCGCUCUCGCGACAAGUGGUGCCGGUGAAGGUGAACGGGCAAACGGUCUCGCAGAAGACCGCCUACUACGGAAGUCUUUUCGUCGGGCACCCGCGACCGCAGAAUUUCACCGUGGUCUUCGAUACAGGUUCCGGCCAUCUCUUUCUUCCGGACAAGUCCUGCGAGGAUCGCGUGUGCCCCACCCACACCCGCUAUGACCGUCAGCAGUCGGCCUCUGCGGUGGAGAUCAAUGGCGAUGGGAGCCCCACCAAGCAGGAGCAUGAUCUGGUCUCUAUCUCCUAUGGCAUCGGGGAAGUGGUGGGCGACUUCGUCCGGGACGUGGUUUGCAUUGGUGAGGUCAGUGAGCCUCAUUGUGCUUCAGCCCGCGUGGUUCUGGCGCAGCGGAUGACGCCAGAGCCCUUUCAGCAGUUCGACUUCGACGGCGUCUUGGGGCUGGGCCUCCAGGGCUUGGCCUUGAACCCGGAGUUCCACUUCUUCAGUCAGCUGGCCAGCAGCAUCGAACCCAGCUUCGGCGUCUUUCUGGCGCGUCCAGGGUCGUCGGGCAGUUCGGUGACCUUCGGCGGUCAUGAUGCGCAGCGGAUGCAGAGGCCCUUGGCGUGGGUCCCGGUCUCCUUGAAGGAGCAGGGCUACUGGGCCGUUCGCGUAACAGCCGUGCGUGCGGGAGGGAAGAUGCUGCCCCUAUGCGAGGAUGGCACCUGCCAUGCCAUUGUGGACACUGGGACCUCGCUCUUGGGUGUCCCUCGGCAGGCGAUGGCCUCGCUCUUGGCCGCGACGGCGCAGAAGGUGGAGGCCAUGGAGGAUUGUGGCUCCUUGGUGGGUCCCGCCUUGACCUUUGAGCUGGAGAGCGGUGCCAGCGUCACCCUGGAGUCGCAGGACUACUGGAGACCAGCACCGACCGAAGUGAAGAGUGGGACGAAACGAUCCUUGCUGUGUCGGGCCUUGUUCCUGCCCGUUGAUAUGCCGAAGAUCGCUCCCGGUUCCGAAGGGCUGUCAUGGUUCUCGGCUCCCAAGCAGGAAGUUAACUAGAUGGUAUAGAAGGACAUUUGCAGGCUGUGCCAACCCACACACAAGAAGGAAUGUUUUGUCCUGUUUGUUCUCCGCCAUCCUCAAUCAUGGCCAACCACACAGACUGGAUCACACAUCAUUGGAUAAACAGGACGCAAUGCAUGCCGCUGGUUGACCAGGUGUUCUUGUUCGGAGAGCCCAUCCUGCACAAGUACUACACCGCCUUCGAUGCGAAGAACUUCCAAGUUGGCUUUGCACCAGCCAGACACGACACCAACCUGGUCGUUUGAGAUGCCACUGGGGGCCCGACCAGGCGCACAUGGCAGAUCAUGGCGGCAUGGCAGAGGGAAAACACAUAAAGCCUGGAAAGGAUCUAAUUCUGGGUGUCACAAGGUCUCCACAAGUCUGGCCCAAGAUGUUGUUUCUAAAUCUUCCUGUCAGCUUGACAACGUUUGAAUGUCACGAAAUGUCAGUGAUGAUGCCUGCAUGAUCUGGUUGAUGGAUGAUUUGUUCGGACUGUUGCUUCGGACGGCCUCGAACUCACCUCCUUUGGGGGGUGCGUUCCGGGGUGUGUUUAGUCAUGACGAGCGGAUGCUUUGAAAAGGUGUUUUCGCUUGGGCAUGCCAUGGCGAAGCAUGAAGGCUUGAUUCAAAGCUAGAAGUUCAAAGCGA